GCUGCCCUACCGUCGUCAUCAGGCUGGAUGAUGUGAAAACAAAGGUCCGUUUCAGUUCGCUUUCGUUAGUGAUACUUAAGGUUAUAUCUCAGUUCACCAAAUGUUUGCUGACAUCGCGUGAAGGACUCUGGCAGCUGUGCAACCUUUGUGCAGGUUUUCUCUUUGUGCUGCAGAAAAAUGACGUCAACUGAAUACUAUACAGACGCUACAAGCACCUCCUUUGAGUCGACCAGUGAGAUCCCGUCCGACUACAGAGAUGAAUAUAGUGACUACGGUCAAUAUGGUGACGAAGUGUGCGACAAAUCCAGCAUCAUGCGUUUCGGGAACAUCUUCACUCCGGUGUUCUUCUCCUUUGUGGUGGUCCUCAGCCUGCUGAGCAACAUCCUGGUCAUUGUGGUUCUGGCCAAGUACGAGAACCUCAAAUCCCUCACCAACACCUUCAUCCUGAACCUGGCUGUGUCGGACCUCUUCUUCACCGCAGGUCUGCCCUUCUGGAUCUACUACCACAUGCACGGAUGGACUUUGGGGGACCUUGCGUGCAAAAUAGUGAACUUCAUCUUCUACAUCGGCUUCUACAGCAGCGGCUUCCUCCUCAUCCUGAUGACCAUCCACCGCUACAUCGCCGUCAUGUGGCCUCUGUCCAACAUCGUGUCCACCACAGGCUGCUGCAGCGUCAUAGCGUCUGUGAUCAUUUGGCUCGUGAGCGUCCUGGUUGCCAGUCCAGCCCUCGUCGGCACUGGAGUCGUGGACUCACAUCACUGUGUGUAUAAGGAUUCCAGCUGGAGCUUGUAUGGAAUCUACCAGCAAAACGCACUCUUCAUACUGAGCUCAGUGGUGUUCGUUUUCUGCUACUCUCAGAUCAUGUGCAGGCUGCUGCGGCCUACAGCCCAGAGAAGACGAAACAGAACUUUAAAGCUCAUUUUCAUUCUCAUGGUUGUUUUCUUUGUGGGGUGGCUUCCUUACAAUGCAGUAAUAUUCCUCCAGUCCUUCUAUUUCUGGCCCAAAGAACCUGGCAACAGUAAUGCUUUGGCAGAAACCUGUGAAGCCCACAAAAGGCUGGAUUACGCGUUUUACAUUAGCCGUCUUGUUGCCUUUUCACACUGCUGCCUCAACCCCGUGUUUUACGUGUUUGUGGGAGUUAAAUUCAAGAACCACCUGAAGAAAAUGCUGAAGAGCUGGGGCCACAGAAACAGCAGCAUCCGCAGUGGGCAGAACCGACUCACCAUCACGUCCAUGACGAGCGGCGAGGAGUUCUCGAUACGGCCAGCUGAUGCUCAGAGGGCGUCGCUGAGAGCUUCUGCACCAUCCCUGUUCUCUGUAUUUAGUCCAGACUCUCCUUGUUCUAAAGACUCCACAAGAAGCUCAUUUUUGCAGCAAAGCGUUCAGAAAUCUGCUCAGUCUGAACUGAAUUUUGAAGGUUUUCUGUUCGUGUUUGCCAGAAGACCUGCUAUGGCAAACGGCACCACAACGCCUGGCGAAGGAGUGGACGGCGGCGGUCCUGUGUAUCUUUGUGACACAGAGGAGUUUGACUUCUCAAUCGUCAGCGGCGCCCUCUUCAUCCUGAUCUUCUUCAUCAGUGUCGUCGGCAACAGUCUCCUGCUGUGUGUUCUGGUCAUCUACGAGGACCUGAAGAACAUCACCAACGUGUUCAUGGUGAACCUGGCCUGCUCCGACCUGGUCUUCACCGCCACGCUUCCGUUCUGGGCCACCUACCACCUUCACCACUGGGUCUUCGGGGACUUUCUCUGCAAAUUCAUGACGGCGGCGCACUUUGUCGGUCUGUACAGCAGCGUCAUCCUCCUGACGGCCAUGACGGUGGAUCGCUUCGUGACUGUGGUGCUGCACAACUGGCUGAGCAACAACGUGUGGAGGAAGAGGGGCGUCGCCGGGGCCUGUGCAGCCGCCUGGCUCCUCAGCGUUGCUGCGUCCAUCCAUGAUGCCAUCGAAAUAAAGGUGGAUGAGUGGGAGGAUCAGUUCUACUGUGAGGCCCCUUCUACUGUCCCGCUGGCAUUUUACCUCCAAGUGUCGCUGCUUUUCUUCCUCCCCUUUGCCGUCAUUGUUUUCUGCUACUCUGCCAUCCUCAAAACCGUCCUGCACACGUCAAACAGAAGAAGAAACAGGACUGUGGUGGUGGUGUUGUGCAUCGUUGUAGCCUUCUUCAUCUGCUGGGGACCCUAUAACAUCGUGCUUCUCAUCAAACCUUUGUACAAACCCGUAGAGUGUGAGGCGCAGGAGCGGCUGAACGUUGCAUAUCAUAUCAGUCGGACACUCGCCUACUCGCACUGCUGCAUGAACCCUCUGCUGUACAUGCUCUCAGAAAAGCUGCGAGGACAUCUGCUGCGCCUUUUGCGGUGUGACGGCGUGUGCAGGAACAACCGGACGAGGUGCGCCGGCCAGAACACCUCCGUUGUUCAGACUGUGGCUUUUGCGGCGCAAAACUCGGCCGUCGUGAUGGAGCCGAUCAACAAUAAUCAGUCUCUGCUGAAGUGAGAACACCCGAUCAGUCUGGACCUGCU